CGCUAAGUUUUUGCUGCUCUUGUGGCUGCUACCUUGCUCUUGUACAGUUGUCCCGUUUUACACUCCCGUCCAUGCGGUGGCGGGAGCUCACCGAAGCGUUUCUUUACCAGCCGACAGAGGAAUACAGGCGAGUAGCCUGUAACGUUAGUUAGCAUAAACAGCUAGCGUAGCCGUGUGUGUGUGUGUGUGUUAUGGGGUCCGAGCCUGUGCAGAUCUAGACACCCACCGAGAAAAAUUCAUCAAAGAAGAAUUCUCACCUGCGAACAGACUCCUUGAGGUGUUAUAUCCUGAAGGUCACAUCUCAUCUGGUACAGUAACACUGUAGCACCACUGGCAGUCCUGUGACCCAGGAAAAUAAUGUGCUGCAGCUGAAGAUGGGUGGUAGCGGCUCCAAAUCCAAAGGAUUUUGGCCUUUUUCUGGCUCAGGUAGUGUGGAUGAUUCAACCAAAGAUGGAAAUGAGCAGUCACUGGCAAGAGUUCGAAGUUUCCCAGGUGCAACUCCUUUUGUGUUUACUAGACGAAGCUCUAUGUUCUUUGAUGAAGAUGGUGACUUGGCCCAUGAGUUCUAUGAAGAGACAAUUGUGACAAAAAAUGGACGUAAAAAAGCCAAACUGAAGAGAAUUCACAAAAACCUAACACCUCAGGGAAUUUUAAAGCUGGACCACCCAUGCAUCCAUGUAGAUUUCCCAGUUGUCCUCUGUGAAGCCUGACGAUGUCUGAGGAGUGUCUCAGACUAGCCACUGUGUCAACUCCGUCCUGUGGUUUCCCCUACAACUGGAAGCCUGAACCACCUUUUAAAAUAACACGAUCUCUUGAUAUAUUUGAUGCCCUUAUGUGGAAAGUCCGAUGCAAUGUGUGCUGAGCCUCUGCAUUCGAUCUGUUUUUGGCUUGUGUGCAGCCACAGAAUAGGUCACCAGUGGGGAUCUAGAAGGGUGCCAAGUUGGCAAAACCUACUCAGUUUACAGAUCAUGGUUUGUGUGCAUGUAUGUAUGAAUGUGUGUGCAGACAUGAGAUGAAAUGUGACAGUCCUGAAUUUGUUGCUGCAGAUAGUUUUCUGGUACGAUUGACUGAACUCUAGGAGUUCAGGGAAAAUGUAACCAGUUCUUUCUCCUGUCACAGUCUAACGUAUUGGAGAGCAGGAAAGUUUAAGUGCACACUUUAGUUUUUUGACACCAUCUUGACUUGCUUUAUUAUGCAUGGAACAGGAUCUGCUUAUCGGUAACAGCCAAGGGGGUUGACAAUCAGUGGCCCACAAAAUCUAAAGUGGAUAAAUGUCAUAUUAUAAUGUUGGAUGGACUGGCUUCAGUGACCUCAGAGCCACAGAUCUACACAGCAGCAGUGAGUCUAAUAGGAGAUCCUGUUGUUUUCUUUGCUGCUUUGGCAUACUAUGUUUCACUUUUAAUUUAUUAUAACUGUUUUUUAAUUACAAUUUGAAAUGCUGAACUGUGUCAUGGUCCUUUUUUUAUAUUCAUACAUUCAUGUCAUCGAACAGCAUAUUAAAGUGCACUUACUUCACAAGUCUUCAAGGUCCAUGGAGGAAGAAAAUCUAUGGAUAUACUAAAGAAUUAUUGCCUACAAUAAUUCCAGUGAAAUUUUUUUGGAUUUUAUGUUGCAGGUGAAGAUUAUAGCCUUGAUGUACACCAGGCUGUAGCUGCCUGCUGACACCAUGGAGAGAGUUCACAUACCACAACUGAAAAAAUACACAUUCAGUUGGCUGAUCCCAGUAAAAAUACUCGAUUGUUUGACCAGUUGUUUUGUCUUCUUUCAGGAGUGUGGGUGUUUUUUUUUGUUUGUUGUUUUUUUUGUUUUAAGGUGUCUCCUUACCGUAUACUGCAUGACCACAUGUUACCACAGGACUGAAGCUCCAUACAUAGGUCUAGGGAUUUAGGCCUGAAACUAAUCAGUUACUUCUGGGGGACUCAUGACCUCUGUAUUUGUAAAGUUCUGCCUUUGACCCUCAUAGAUACCAUAUUUAGGUGUUUGAUUUUGAUUGUUUUUUUUUUUUUUAAAAGGCGAUGGACUAAUGUUUCAAACGAAAUUCUUUUUUUCUGUAGGCUGUAUUAAUGGUUUUUAUGUGAAAGGCAGUAACAUGUAAUCCAAACUGAAAUGUGGGGAGAGUGAAGGAAGUUUCUGUAGGAAAUCUCUUUUUAUCAGCAUCAGAUGUGGUUAUAUAACAAUUAUUUGGGAAGGUUAUGAGAGCUACCUGCCAAAUAGUCUUUUGUAAAAGCAGAUAAUUCAGAUUUUUGUCAAAGGUUGUAAAAAUUAAAAUGAAUUUACAGGACCUGUUUGCCCAUGUAGUGGAAAUAAUGCUCCUGACCUCCACCUGCAGAGGAAAUUGCGAGGUAAACCGUUCUUUGGAGGCCACUUGUGUGUAUGUGUGUCUGCUAAUGAGGCAUGGAUGAAGUUAAGAGAGGAGUCAAGGCCAUCAAUGCUGUCUCCAUGGGAAAGGGGUUUCUGUAAAGCUGUCUGUGAUAUUGUUCUC